CUCUGCCCCCACUCUACGCCCCGGCCGCCAUUGCCUCGUGCCCGCGCUGGUCGGUUGGUGGCGCCUUUGUCCUACGGCGGGCAGGUGGGCUGAGGCGGAGGCGGCAGCGGCGGGCCUAAGGCGAAGAAGCGGCCGGGAGCCCGCCGCGCUGGUAGCGAUAUUAAUAAGGCAGCGGAAAGAAGAAAUAUGAAUACGGCUCCAUCAAGACCCAGCCCCACACGAAGGGAUCCAUAUGGCUUUGGAGACAGCCGAGAUACAAGACGCGAUCGAUCCCCCAUUCGAGGAAGUCCAAGAAGAGAGCCCAGGGAUGGCAGAAAUGGCCGGGAUGCUCGAGAUAGCAGAGACAUGCGAGACCCCCGAGAUCUGCGGGACCACAGAGAGAGCAGAGACAUUCGGGAUCACAGAGACAGCAGAAGUAUGCGUGAUGCUCGGGACAUGAGGGAUCCUAGAGACUUUCGUGACCUAAGAGACUCUAGGGAUUUUCGAGAUCACCGGGACCCCAUGUAUGACAGAUACAGAGAUAUGAGAGACUCCCGAGACCCCAUGUACAGGAGAGAAGGCUCUUACGACCGAUACCUGCGAAUGGAUGACUACUGCAGGAGGAAGGAUGACUCUUACUUUGACCGUUACAGAGAUAGCUUUGAUGGACGAGGCCCUCCAGGCCCAGAAAGUCAGUCUCGUGCAAAAGAGCGUUUGAAACGUGAGGAACGGCGUAGAGAAGAGCUUUAUCGUCAGUAUUUUGAGGAAAUCCAGAGACGCUUUGAUGCUGAGAGGCCUGUUGAUUGUUCUGUGAUUGUGGUCAACAAGCAGACUAAAGAUUAUGCUGAAUCUGUGGGGCGGAAGGUUCGAGACCUAGGCAUGGUAGUGGACUUGAUCUUCCUCAACACAGAGGUGUCACUGUCACAAGCCUUGGAGGAUGUUAGCAGGGGAGGAUCUCCCUUUGCUAUUGUCAUCACCCAGCAACACCAGAUUCACCGCUCCUGUACAGUCAACAUCAUGUUUGGAACCCCACAAGAGCAUCGCAACAUGCCCCAGGCAGAUGCCAUGGUGCUGGUGGCCAGAAAUUAUGAGCGCUAUAAGAACGAGUGCCGGGAGAAGGAACGCGAGGAGAUUGCCAGACAGGCGGCCAAGAUGGCCGAUGAAGCCCUCCUCCAGGAAAGAGAGCGGGGAGGCCCUGAGGAGGGACUGCGCGGGGGGCACCCUCCAGCCAUCCAGAGCCUCAUCAACCUGCUGGCCGACAACAGGUACCUCACUGCUGAAGAGACUGACAAGAUCAUCAACUACCUUCGAGAGCGGAAGGAGCGGCUGAUGAGGAGCAGCGCCGACUCUCUGCCUGGCCCGAUUUCCCGUCAACCACUCGGGGCGACCUCGGGUGCCUCGCUGAAGACACAGCCAAGCUCCCAAACGCUCCAGAGCGGCCAAGUGCUCCCCUCUGCUACACCCACUCCAGCGGCACCCCCCACCUCCCAGCAAGAGCUUCAGGCCAAAAUCCUCAGCCUCUUCAAUAGUGGCACGGUUGCGGCCAAUAGCAGCUCUGCAUCCCCCUCAGUUGCUGCCGGAAACACCCAGAACCAGAAUUUUUCCAUAGCAGCGAACAGCCAGCCUCAGCAAAGAUCACAGGCCUCUGGCAAUCAGCCUCCAAACAUUUUGGGACAGGCAGGAUCUGCUCGGAACAUGGGCCCCAGGCCUGGGGCUCCUUCCCAAGGGCUCUUUGGCCAGCCUUCCACUCGCCUGGCACCCGCCAGCAACUUGGCUAGCCAGAGGCCCGUGUCUUCCACAGGUAUCAACUUUGACAAUCCAAGUGUACAGAAGGCUCUGGACACUCUGAUACAGAGUGGCCCUGCUCUCUCCCACCUGGUUAGCCAGACCACAGCACAGGUGGGGCGGCCCCAAGCCCCCAUGGGAUCAUACCAGAGGCAUUACUGAGGCUAAAUCUCAACUACCCCUGGUCCCCUCUUCCUCUGGCCUCCCACCUCUUGCGUUCUAAAUAGAGUUAUUUGGAAGAUGUUCUCUGCACCUCUCCAGGUCCACAUCGAAUGUCAUAAGUUUCUACCAUCUGCUCUCUUCUGCCCAAGGCUAUGUUGCUUACCCCUUCCAGAGUUCGAGUUUAUACUGCACUGGAGGUGUAUUUUGGUGGUGGUGGGGUGGGGGUUUGGGGGGGUUUGUUUUUGUUUUUUUGUGGGUUUUUUUGGUAGAAAGUAAAUAUCUCUGGGGUCAUGGGCAGUAUAGAUGUCUGGGCUCCAUUUGUAUUUCAGUUGUCUCUCUGUCAGCUGGACGUGGGGCGGGGGAGGAAGAAGCAGCUGAGCCCCAGCUGGGUGAGCUUGGGGUAGCAUUUUCAUGUUGAAAGCCACUGCCUUUGUUCAUUCUGAACCUACCAUGGGUGUCCAGCCUCACACAGGCCCACCAGAGCUCGAGCUUCUGCCUGCAGCUCCUGUGUAGGGUUCCAGAGCAGCAGGUUGGGCUUGGUGGGCACGGUGUCCUCUUACCCCAUCCCACAUAACGUGGGGUCUGCUUGAGGACUCAGAAGCCGGCUGGCUACUCAGCUACUAGAGUUGUUGAGGAGUGGCCAAGCCGGCCACUUUUCUGCCUGACCCAGGGUUGUUGGGUUUUGGUUUUCUUUUUUUCUUUUUGGCUUUCAUUUCAAUGAAAGAUCUCCCGUGGACUGCACAGCUCCAGUCACCAGCAGUUUAACACAAACUGUGAACCUGGGCCCCAGCCACUCUUACCCCUAAUAUUUCUGUUAGCCUCUCCCUCACCAGUGGUAGUUGAAUGGAAUCGGCUCUGAGAAGGCAACUCUAGACUCUGGCAGUGAACACCCAUUUUUUUUUUU